AUGGGAGAAGGAGUGGGGUCCGUAAAGUCAAAUUUUGAUGUUCAAUCUUCCAAUUGUUCAAAGCUUAUCACAAAUCUUCAGGAGGCUCAGCAGGUUUUGAUACACUAUCAGCUACUGACCGAAAAGAGAAUAAAUGGUGGAUCUCAGCAAUGUUUCCUCCGUAAUCAUCACCGCUUCCAUGACUGGGUUGCUGACAUGCUUUCGACGACCCCAUCGCUCACAAUCCAAGUUAAUGGUUUUCUCGGCCUCUCCUGUGGAAUUUGCACGGCAAACCCUGCUAAUCUCGACCACCUCCUCCGCUCCAACUUCUCAAACUACGUGAAAGGCACCAGGUUCCAGUCCAUCCUUCACGACCUCCUUGGACACGGAAUCUUCAAUGUGGAUGGCGAGCUUUGGUUUACCCAGCGCAAGAUUGCCAGCCACGAAUUCAACACAAGAUCACUCAAGCAUUUCAUCUCAGACACUGUCCAAUCUCAACUUUCAAACUCUUUAAUUCCCUACUUAUCUAUUGCCUGCGAUAAUCGUGCAGUCAUUGAUCUACAAGAUGUUUUGCGUAGAUUCACUUUUGACAACAUUUGUAAUGUUGCCUUUGGUGUUGAUCCUGCGUGGCUGGACUCGAAGAGCGUUAGCGAAACCUCGUUGGUUUCCUCAUUUGUUCAGGCAUUUGAUUAUGCUGUGGAGGUCAGCUUUAACAGGUUCAUGCUGCCUUUGCCAGUCAUUUGGAAGAUCAAAAGGCUACUCAACAUUGGAAGUGAAAAACGAUAUAAAGAAGCUAUUAAAAUUAUAAAUGAGUAUGCUAUGAAUAUCAUAAGAUUGAAGGAGGAAAAUUGUCGAAACGACGACAAACAAGAGAAAAAUCAAGAUCUGUUAUCAAGGUUUAUGCAUUCUGCAUCAAACCUUGGAUUUCUUGAUCAAGAUCAGAGGAGGAGAUUCUUGAGGGAUAUAGUGAUCAGCUUCAUUCUUGCAGGUAAAGAUUCAACAUCAACAGCACUGACUUGGUUCUUUUGGUUAAUCGCUGGCCAUGCUCGGUGCAAGCGCUUGAUCUGCGAGGAAUUAUCGGCCACAUCUUCAGAGGCACGGCUGGGAAGUUUCAGUUAUGAUGAUCUGAAGAAAUUCAAUUACCUACAUGCAGCCUUAUCAGAAUCACUUCGACUGUUUCCACCAGUGCCAAUCAAUUCAAGAUUAACCAUAUCUGAUGAUAUCUUAAGCAGUGGCACAUAUGUAGGAAAAGGUUGGUUUGCUGAUUACUCUGCCUAUGCAAUGGGGAGAAUGAAGAGACUAUGGGGUCCCGAUUGCAUGGAGUUCAGGCCAGAGAGAUGGCUGGAUGAUGACGGAGUUUUCCAGCCACGUGAUCAGUUUAAGUUUCCAGUGUUCCAUUGUGGGCCUCGGGCAUGCCUCGGGAAAGAAAUGGCUUAUGUGCAAAUGAAGUCUAUCGCUGCAGCUGUUAUGUAUGAGUUUGAGGUUGUGGCUAUUGAUGGUGGUGGGUGUCGGGAGAGGAUGGCAAAUCCGCCUUACGUGUUAUCGCUCCUUCUCAAGAUGAAAGGUGGAUUGCAAAUCAGGCUAAAGAGAAGGUGA